AUGUUUCAACGUCUAUUUAUAACAAUCCUUUGUGUUUUAAACAUUCAACACAGACAACGAUGUACACUUAAUAGCCGAAUCCAUUUUGGUGAACCAUUGCCAGUAAUAAUUAGAAACGGAAAUCUUUUGGAACCUACUGAUGGAGACGGUAAUGUGGUGUUAGAGCAAGGAGACAGCAUUAUUCUUAGUUGCCUCGAUGCCGGUGCAAUUUAUCAUAGGAAUACUUUGCAGCAUAUAAAUACUGCGUCUAUAAUAUGUGUCAAUGACGAUAUCUUUGAAAAUGUAGAAUGGUUGAACGCUCCUUCCAGAUUUACUGAGUUCAAAUGCAACGUUCCACCACCUUAUGUUAGCGAACGCACAAAUCGCACUUGCUUUGCUAGAAAUACGAUUUAUGAAGUUGGUUACAAAAUUGAAAACGUUUUUUAUCCUGUAUAUGAAUCUUGUUUUAAUGAAAUUGAUUUAAACGCUAUAUAUUCAAUGUAUACCCAGAAACCUUAUAACGCUCUUUACCAAACUAGAGUCGACCGACCAUUUUUUAUUGAUAACAAUGUAUAUGGUUAUGUUCCUGUUAAUUCACUAUUUUCCCCUCCUGGACAAAAAGGAGCAGUGGCUCGUCUUGUAGGAGUGAAGGUGGAUGACUAUAUUAAUAAAACUGAAUUUUUAUCAAGGGGACAUUUGGCAGCUAAAACGGAUUUUGUAUUCGCGUUCGGGGAACGUGCCACGUUUCAUUACGUAAACUGCGCGCCCCAAUGGGUAGGAUUUAACGGCGGCAAUUGGAAUACACUCGAAGUAGAUCUACGGAAUCAUAUACAUAACGCCGGUUAUGACACUAUUAUUUACACUGGAACUUUUGGAGUGUCGCAAUUAAUUAAUCAAUAUGGAGCGAUCGUCGAUAUAUAUCUUUAUUCGGAUGUUAACAAUAAUCCAGUGGUUCCUGUGCCGAAAUAUUUCUAUAAAGUUGUUUAUGAGCCGAAAACAAAGCGCGGUAUAGCUUUUGUGGGUAUCAAUAAUCCACAUUACACACCAGCGGAAGCACGAGCUCUGUUUUUCUGUCAUGAUAUAUGUCGAGAGAACAAUAACUUUGGUUGGCUCUCAUGGCAUCCUGACACAUCCUCCGAAGGGUAUGCAUUUUGUUGUACAGUAAACGAUUUUCGUGAUACUGUAUCACAUUUACCAGAUUUUGAAGUGACUGGUCUUUUAACUUGA